AUGGACACUAAGGAAAUUACUGUUUUCGUUUCGGGCGCUACUGGUUUCAUUGCCUUACACGUUGUGCAUGAUUUGUUGAAAGCUGGAUACAAAGUAAUCGGUUCAGGUAGAUCUCAAGAAAAAAACGAUGCUAUAUUGAAGAAGUUCAAUAACAAUCCCAACCUUUCAAUGGAAAUUGUCAAAGACAUCGCUGCACCAAACGCUUUUGAUGAUGUUUUCCAAAAGCGUGGUAGGGAAAUCAAAGUUGUCUUGCAUAUAGCUUCUCCGGUCCAUUUCAAAACCACCGAUUUUGAAAAAGACCUUUUAAUUCCAGCUGUGAAUGGUACCAAGUCCAUUUUGGAAGCAAUUAAAAAAUACGCAGCAGACACCGUUGAAAAGGUCGUCAUCACCUCUUCUGUUGCUGCACUUGCUAACCCUAUAGAUAUAAGAAACAACAGCUUAAUUCUUACCGAGGAGACUUGGAACAACGACACAUGGGAAAGCUGUCAAGCUGAUGCCGUUGCCGCAUAUUGCGGUUCCAAGAAGUUUGCUGAACAAGCUGCUUGGAAAUUUCUUGAGGAAAACCAGUCGAGCAUCAAGUUUACGCUCUCCACUAUCAAUCCAGGAUUCGUUUUUGGCCCUCAAUUGUUUGCUGAUUCACUUAAAGAUGGUAUAAAUAGCUCUUCAGGUAUUAUUGCUCGAUUAGUUCAUUCCAAGACCGAUGAAAAGUUCUACAAUUACAGCGGCCCAUUUAUUGACGUCCGUGACGUUUCGAAAGCUCACUUGGUUGCAUUUGAAAAUUCUGAAUGUGCUGGUAAAAGACUAGUCUUGAGCGAAGAUUUAUUCUGCUCCCAAGAAGCAGUUGAUAUCUUGAACCAAGAAUUUCCCCAGCUAAAGGGUAAGAUUACUACUGGUGAACCUGGCAGCGGUCCAAGCUUUCUGGAAAAAAAUUCAUGCAGGUUCGACAACUCGAAAACCAAAAAACUGCUAGGAUUUAAGUUUCACAAUUUCAGGGAUUGCAUUGUCGAUACCGCGUCUCAAAUGUUAGAAGUUCAAGGUGGAGCCUCGAUUUAG